GCUGGACCUGCCUCCUUCCUGUCCAGAGUUCCUCCUUGCCUGUCCUCUGAUGACAUGGAAUGUGGCAGCCUCGCCUCUCUGCUCUGCAGUCUCCCCUCCCUGCUUCUCCUGGUGCAGCUGCCCAGGUGGGGCUCUGCAGAUGUGUUCCAGGUGAUUGGCCCCAAUGACCCCAUAGUGGCGGUGUUGGGUGGUGAUGCCAUUCUGCCCUGCUCCCUGUGGCCGGUCAUGAAUGUAGAGGACAUGGAGCUGCGGUGGUUCCGUUCUAAGUUCUUGGAAGCAGCACUCGUCUAUCAGAACGGCCAGGAGCUUGACGAGGAGCAGCUGCCCCAGUAUGCAGGGCGGACCUCGCUGGUGAGGGAUUUCCUCUCUCAGGGUGAGGCUGCUGUGCACAUCCAGAACAUACAGGUUUCAGACAAUGGCAAGUACACUUGCCUCUUCAGACAAGGAAGACAAUAUGAUGAGGCCAUUUUAGACCUUCAGGUGGCAGGCCUGGGCUCUGCCCCACAAGUGCACAUUGAAGGACCAGAGAAGGACGGAGUUCGUGUGGUGUGCAAGGCCUCAGGGUGGUUCCCGAAGCCCCAGGUGCAGUGGAGAGACGUCCGUGGAGAGAAGUUACUGGAGUUCUCUGAGGUGCACACCCAAGACGCAGCAGGGCUGUUCAGCGUGGCGACUGCUGUGGUGGUGAGAGACAGCUCUGCAGGGGACGUGACCUGCUCCAUCCUCAAUCCCAUCCUGGGCCAGGAGAAGGUCAUGGCCAUUCCGAUCCCAGAGCCCUUCUUCCCUCAGGGCUCUCCCUGGAAGGCAGCUUUUGCUGUGAACCUGACUGUGCUAGGACUCCUACUUGUUGGAGCUGGCUGGGUCACCAAGAGAGAGCAUUCUGCAAAGGUGUGGGAAAGGCAGAGACGGAAGGAUCUGUGCCGGGCUAAGAAGGAAGACCAGCAGGCAAAGGAGGAGGCACUGAAGUCCGGAGAUGAGCUCCAGGCAGAACUUGGUUGGAGGAAGGCAGCAUUCCAGGCUGCCUGGAGGAAGGCGCAUCUGUAUGCUGAUUGGCGGAAAGAAGAGUUCCAGGCCUGGUCUGUCACUCUGGAUCCAGGCUCUGCCAAUGACAACCUUCUUGUUUCUCCUGAAAGGACCUCUGUGACCUGGAGGGACAAAAAGUUUGGUGAUUUGAAGCACUCCAGUGUGUUGGGCCUUAAGGGCAUCACAUCAGGAAGAUGUUACUGGGAGGUGGAGAUCAAGGAUGACAUGAGAAGCCUGUGGGCUCUGGGGGUUUAUCAGAAGCAUGACACACAACAGGAUCCCUGCAGGGUUGGGGUCUUCCUGGACUACAGUGAGGGUGAUAUCUCCUUCUAUAACAUGGCAGAUGGGUCCCACAUGUUCUCCUUCCCCCCAGCUUUGUUCUCUGGACCCCUCUACCCAUACUUCUGCCUUAAUUCAGGAGAUGUGACCCUGAGCAUCUGCUCUCCGUUGGGCUUCCUGUGA